AAUCUCGGUGGAGGGCACCCGGCGUCGGGAGAUUGCUGGGCGGGGUGGUUGUGGUGCUUGCUGCUUGCUGCUUGCUACACCCGGGUCAGCUAAACCGAGAGGAGUGACCGGGCCCGGAGCGUGGUGCGGCUGAAUGCGACUUGCACCGGUCCAGCCCAGACUUACUUCAGUCUCUUCUAGAACCAAGAUCCAGAAGUGAGCGGGACCCGGAUGACGGUCUACCUGGUGGCUUGGAGCCCUGCAUGACCAAAGGCAGGUCUGGUCUCUGAGGAAGAAAAACCCUACCAGGGAACAGAGACCGCCCCCGCCCCCUAAUCUAAGGGCACAAUGGCAGCCUCAGCCCCCUUGAGGAGCCUGGAGGAAGAGGUGACCUGUUCCAUCUGCCUGGAUUAUCUACGGGACCCCGUGACCAUCGACUGUGGCCACGUCUUCUGCCGCAGCUGCACAGGUGAUAUCCGCCCCAUAUCCGGGAGCCGCCCGGUGUGUCCGCUCUGCAAGAAGCCUUUCAAGAAGGAGAACAUCCGGCCCGUGUGGCAGCUCGCCAGUCUGGUGGAGAACAUCGAGCGGCUGAAGGUGGACUCUGGCAGGCAGCCGGGAGAGCUGGCCCGAGAGCCACAGGACAUAAAGCUGUGUGAGCGUCACCAGGAAAAGCUGCACUACUACUGUGAGGACGACGGCAAGCUGCUGUGUGUGAUGUGCCGCGAGUCCCGCGAGCACCGGCCCCACACUGCCGUCCUGGUGGAGAAGGCUGCCCUGCCUCACAGAGAGAAAAUCCUGAACCACCUGAACACCCUAAGGAGAGACAGAGAAAAAAUUCAGGGCUUUCAGGCCAAGGGAGAAGCUGAUAUUCUGGCUGCGCUGACGAAGCUGCAGGAGCAGAGGCAGUACAUCGUGGCGGAGUUUAAGCAGGGCCACCAGUUUCUAAAGAAGCGGGAGCAGCACCUGCUGGACCAGCUGGCCACCCUGGAGCAGCUCCUCACCGAGGGCAGGGAGAAGUUCAAGACCCGGGGCGUCAGCGAGCUUGGCCGGUUGACUCUUGUCAUCUCCGAGCUGGAAGGCAAGGCACGGCAGCCUGCUGCGGAGCUAAUGCAGGAUGCCUGCUCUACACAGGACAGCAAGGACUUUGCCAACAGGUACCCACGGAAGAAGUUCUGGAUUGGGAAAGCCAUCCCUCACAUGGUUAAGAGGAAGGCAGGAGAGUUUUCGGAUAAACUUCUCUCUCUGCAGCGAGGCCUGAGGCAGUUCCAGGGUAAGCUGCUGAGAGACUUGGAGUAUAAGACAGUGAGUGUCACCCUGGACCCACAGUCGGCUAGCGGGUACCUGCAGCUUUCAGAAGACUGGAAGUGUGUGACCUAUACCAGCCAGUACCAGAGGGAUUGCCUGCACCCCCAGCAGUUUGACUGUGAGCCAGCGGUGUUGGGCAGCAAGGGCUUCACCUGGGGCAAGGUGUACUGGGAAGUGGAGUUGGAACGAGAAGGCUGGUCAGAGGAUGAGGAGGAGGGGGAAGAAGAAGAGGAAGGGGAAGAGGAGGAAGAAGAUGAGGAGGCUGGCUAUGGGGAUGGAUAUGAAGACUGGGAAACAGAUGAGGAUGAAGAAUCUCUAGGGGAGGAAGAGGAGGAGGAAGAGGAAGAGGAUGAGGAAGUUCUGGAAAGCUGCAUGGUGGGAGUGGCCAAAGACUCUAUGAAGAGGAAAGGGGACCUGUCCCUGAGGCCAGAGGAUGGUGUGUGGGCCCUUCGGCUCUCCUCCUCAGGCGUCUGGGCCAACACGAGCCCCGAGGCCCAGCUCUUCCCAGUGCUGCGGCCCCGGAGAGUGGGCAUCGCCCUGGAUUAUGAAGGGGGCACCGUGACGUUCACUAAUGCAGAGUCGCAGGAGCUCAUUUACACCUUCACGGCCACCUUCACCCGGCGCCUGGUUCCCUUCCUGUGGCUCAGGUGGCCAGGAACACGCCUCCUGCUGAGACCCUGAGUUCCAGAACCCGCCUAGGCCACACUACAGAGUCUACAGUUCUCUGAGACUCAAGGACUCUUGAGAUGAAGAAGGGUUGCCUGGAUCCCAUACCUGUGGAAGCUUCCUUUCUGUGGGAUCCCAAAACUGUGUGACGGAGGAACGUUCUUGGCCAGAGCAAGAGGAGGAGGAGAGUCGAGGGGCAUCACAUCCAAUCACACCCAUGUCCCCACUGCCAUGGCCAAGCUCUCCCAGUGCCGUCGCUCCGUCUGUAUUUCUUGUUCUAACCUCUCACCCCCCUGCCCAUUUCCUCUGGGAUCUCCUGCUCUGAAGACCAAAUGACCCCCUCCUUCCUGAGCAUCCAUUUGUCUUGACUCUGUGUUCUCUGUUGAGUUAGGGGCAGCAUCAAUAUCAUUUUCUGGUUCAUUUGUCCAGUGCUCAUAGGUAUUGAGUGACAUCUGAAACCUUUUUGCUGUCCUCAACUUGAGGUUUACUCUUUCCUGACUCUUGCCUACCUUCCCUGGCUUCUUAACCUCACUUUUCCUACCCCGCUAGAGUUAAAUAUCUGAAGAAGCGAGAAUGAACAUAGUCCACACCCACUGAAGUUUCCAAGGCUGUGUGAGUUUGUGUCCUGAGUGCUGGUGGAAUCAUCCCCUGGCGUAGUUAGCAGAGCUCAUGGCCUCCUAACCCAGAGCUGAGCAGGUGGAACUCCCUAGGGCCAUCUGUGUCUCCGAAAGCAUCUAGGUGCCGUGACUCAGGCAGCAACCGUGGUUAAUAAAUUACCUCUGCAGAGUAGUUUUUGUGAAGGGAGUUUCUAAAACAAUCCCAACAUCUUGCUCUUGAUCAGUGAUCUAAGAACACUGAGGCCAAUACCUCGGAGGUCAGCACUACUCCUGCUCAGGGUCUCCAGCUAGUGUCUCGGGACAGCUUUAGGCCUCUGUUGUUGGCACCAAGUAGUGUCCAGAAUCACUGUCUUAGGAGCUGGGUUGGAGAGGGAAAACCCCCGCCCUAGAUCUUACUGUGAGGGGAGCGCGUGCCGUGUCUCCCUGCUGACCCAGCCCCAGCCCCUGUGUUCAGUCACCAGUGUCCACAGUUAGCCAACACGAUGCCCCUCUUUUUAUCGUUAAACGUUCCACAUUUCCUCUUCCUGUCCGACUGUUCAGCUCCUCUUUGCUCUUGAGAGACUGCUCCCAAACACCGAAUCUUGAUGACCGCAGAGUCACCACUGUCUCAAGACCGAACACUUUGUAUCACAUGCUGCCUGAGCCACUAGUACACGCACAGUGACUCCCUCACCACCCUUUAUUUCCUGGAAUUAAUCAUCUUCUCUUCCUUCUCUUUUAAUUCAUUUCUUGUGUCUUUAUUACUAAAUAAACUACAAGUUCUUUUCAAUGGUCAGAAAUCUCAAGACAGUCCUCUGGUGCUGUCUCCAGUUUUAUCUUGAUGCCUCUGAAGUGACCUUGAACCUGAGUCAUUGAUUCCUCCUCUGCACACAGCUUUUUAGAUCCCCUUUUGUUAUUAGACUGGGAAGUUCGGGGAUUUUUUCCCCUAAGGCCUCAGGCCAGGUUAGCCACAGUCUCCUUAGGUGGCUGAAGAGGACCUUAACCUUACAGCCUCUACCUUCUAGAUUCUGAGCUUUCAGGUAGGUGCCACUAUGCCUAGUUUACACAGUGCUGGGGACUGAACCCAGGAUCUCAUGCAUCUUAGGCAAGCACUUCCUCAGCUGCAUCCCCAACCAUGGUCCUGGUUCUGGACCCUAUGUUUCCUCUCUCCCCGUUUACUGUGUUUUGGUCGCACCUUAUCUAAUAACUUUUGAUUUUUUUUUUUAAAUCUUCAAGUAUCUGGAACUGUUUAUCUCACUUGUACACUGAAGGGAUUCACUAUAGGAUUAUUCAAAAUAGUUUUCCUUCAGAACGUCAGAGGAUUGCUUCACUGCCUUAAGCUCCUGUCGUUCAGAAUUCCCAUGGGGCACUCUGCCUUGUGAUCUUUCUCAGUGGCCCGUUUCUGUUUUACAGAGGGAUUUGAAAGUCUUUAUCUGUAUCCUUACUCCACGUACUAGCACAUUACACACUGAGUGGUACAUUUGGAUGCUCACACGUGUGCGUGCACACACACACACACAUACUCACACUCACUCACACUCACACACAGAGAACUUACAUACAUACAUAAAAUUAAGGGACUGGACAGGAACUCAAUAUGAAACCCUCCGUAGCCUGGAACUCACUAUGUAGACGUGGCUGGCCUCAGACUCUGGGUGAGAUUUAAAGGCUUAUAUGCUGCUGCACCUAGGGGAAGGAAAAAAUUGUUUUACAAGCAUCUGAGGCAACCUAGGUAAAGGUUUGUCUUGGCUCAGAGUUCUGAAGGUGCGGUCUAUGGUCAUCCGUCUCAGUGCUUUUGGCAUCUGCCAUCAGCAUAUCCUGGCAGGCCUGCUUGACAAAGCCACACAUCUCAUCUAUUGGGAAACAGUGAACCAGGCUCCCAUAGUCCUCUUCCAGAGCACAGCCCAGUGACCUAAAGACAUGUCACCCUGCGAACCAGUCAUUUAACAGAGGCCUUGACCAUCAGAACUGUAGACUCUUGCCUGUCCUAGUUCAAAGUUGUCACAAUGGAUAGAUUAGACACAAAACACAUAGGCCUGUGGGUAACAUACUUUAUUAAGACAUUGAAAACCUGUACAAAUGACCUGAAAGGGCUUUGGGGCCCACCCAGAGUUGAUGAGGCCCCAAAACAUACCCAGUUUUUGUGUCCAAAAGCCACUAUAAAUUAAUGCAAGCCAAACAGAGUCCUGGCUUCCCUACACUGAUCACUUUGAAGCUUUUAUAGGUUUUUUGUUUGUUUUCUUUUGUUUUUCCCCUUCUGAAUCCCGUUGACUCAUAGCUUACUGGUGUCCAGGGUGUAGCCUUCCUUGCCUGCCUCUGCUCUUCACUCGAAUAGGACUGCAGGAAGCUGAAUGUACUCAACCCAGAUUAAAAACCGCUGUACAAGACUCCAAGACACUAAAUUCCAAUCCCACUUUUGAAGGCUAGGGACAGAGCUGGGUCCCUGACUUCACCUCAGUCAUUCAGAGUCAGGCAGGAACUUGUUUUCCAGGUGAGGGAGGAAUAGAGAUGACGGUUGGUGCGGCGGUAUGGGAUGUUUGCAAGGUCUCUCGUCCUGCCUGGUAGUCCAAGGCCAUGUCUACACGGUGAAGCACGGCUGUGUCCCCAGGUUCAGGACAGGUGGGUGCUGACCAGCUGGAGCAAGAGCAUCCAGUCCCUGUCCUUGGUAUCCAGGGUCUGCUCGCCCCACAUCCUGGCCACCUCGGGGCCCACUCCUGUGGUGCAGCUGACCUUCAGGUGGGCGUUACGUCUUCGAAGAAGAUCAGGCUCGGGUUUGUGGUCUGAGGGUUCAGAGUGACCUCACACCCGCACUUCCAGGAUGGAGCAUUGUCCAUGCUGCCUGCUUCUUAGGCCUCUGUCUCUGGAGGACAGAUGUGACAGAUGUGACAUCUCUGCCUGAGGAUUUGCUUCUUAUUAAAGUGAGGUGGCCAGGCUACAGUGCAGUGCCUGGGACCUUGUUAAAAGACACAGAAUCUCGAGCCCCACCAUAGACCACUCGAACAAGAGCCCGUAUUUUAACCAGGUGUCUGGAUGGCAUUUCUACACUAACUUGAAGUAGGGAUCAGUAUAAGAACAGGCAGGUGCAUGUGGGAACAAUUAAGCUCCAAUUUGAAAGUAAAUGUUAUUUUUGCUCCUCCCUCUCCUCUCUCAGCACCUUUUUUGUGGUACUGGGACUUUAUGCAUUCUAGGCAAACCAGCUCUAGCAGAAAGCUAUUAAUACAGCCCUAGAGCCCACCCCAGCCCCAGAGAGUGUCAGUCGCUAAGGCUGACCUGAAACUAACUCAGAAGCUCAGGCUGGCCUCAAACUUGUCGCAGUCAACCUGACUGCCUCUAGUUCUGGGAUUGUAGCUGUGUGCCACCAACCCAGCAAAAUGCUAGUUUUUGCAUAAUAUACAAUAUUAGUUCAAAUUAAUGGCAAUUGUAGCAUAAUUCUAGGCAAUACUCGGGGUUUAGUACAUAUUUUGAAUGACUCUAUAGGUAACUUGACAACAUCCAUCAAUCACUAUGUGUCCAGUACUGUGCUGAGUUCUUUGUAAACAUUAAUUUAUUUAAUCCUCAUAUGGAUUUAUAGUGUAGAUUGUUCUUGUUUACAUUUUAUGGUGGAGAGAAAAGGUUUAAUAGUCUCAAGACCCCAAGCAGUCAGGGUCCAGUGAGCACAUUUCAUUGCUGUGUGUGGCCAUGGGUGCAAUGGAUAAAUGGGGCAGAGCUUCCCUCCCCAGAGCCCUUGCACAUUACCUGAAUCUGUUUCCAAAUGAUGCAUCAAGUUUUCUGAGGAAAGAAGAAAUAGAAACGUUUGUGAGAUUUGCUAUCUCUUACAGUACUUCCAAGGGGAGGGUGUCCUGGCUACCGUGUGAGGACAAGGACAGAAGAGAAACUGCCUCAUUUUCCUGGACUCUCAGCCCAGUGUCUCUAUCCUUACUCCCUCAGUAGAGUGAGGUCUUGUGGGAAGGUCUGGGGGAGGAAAGAUGCUUAACCCAAGCUGUUUGCUGAUUUUUGUUUGAGUUUCACUGUGUAGUCCAGGCUGGCCUGAAACUUGAGAUUCUCCUGCCUCAGUCUCCCUGGUGCUAACAUUACAGGCCUGCUUGGUGGUUUGAACCAGGUUUUGAAGAUGGGGAAAGAUAGAGACAGAUGGAAGGGUAGAAGAUUCCCUUUACCUGAGAAUGUCCUCAUCAUCUUUGGGAGGCCAAGUAUUUUCCUGUGGAGGUUUCGGAUCUUCUUAGCAAGAUCAGAGGAAAUGGCCUCUGGACUCACAAAAGUCUUUGUCUCAUACCUGUAAAAGAGUUGGAAAUCAAACUUAAAUUCUACAAAUAAAGUACUUCAUUUUA